AUGGCUGCGGGCCCUUCAGCACCGGGUUCGAAGCCUGUACCAGCGGCGAAGGACUCGAACUGCCUUGCAGGGCUAUCGUUCGUGUUCACGGGCGAGCUGAGUGCGUUCUCCCGUGAGGAAGCUACUGACCUUGCGAAGCGGUUUGGCGGGCGCGUUGUCAGCCAGCCGUCGUCCCGAACCGACUAUGUCGUCCUCGGCGCCGACGCGGGGCCGUCCAAACUUGCAGCGAUCAAAAAGAACAACUUGAAGACUCUUGACGAGGAUGGGUUUCUCAAUCUCAUCGCGACUCGUGUCCCAGAUUAUACUGACGACAAGCUGAAGAAGAAGAUCGAGAAGGAGCAGGAUGCGAUUCGUGCGGCCGCGAACGAGCUGGAGCGCCGCGAGAAAGAGAUAGAAAAGAAAGUGAAGGGCAAGGAGAAGGGCAAGGACCAGAUCAGUAAUACUGUUCCUCUGGGUAGUCAGCUGUGGGUAGACCGCUAUUCGCCACACACGCUCAAAGAGGUUUGCGGCAACAAGGGGCAGAUUGAGAAGCUGCAGCAGUGGCUGAAUGACUGGCCGUCGAGUCUCAAGUCCGGAUUCAAGAAGCCGGGAAAGAACGCGAUGAACACGUCGCGCGCGGUACUCAUCACGGGCCCGCCAGGUAUCGGCAAAACGACUGCGGCGCACCUGUGCGCGAAGUUGGCAGGAUUCACACCCAUUGAGCUGAACGCGAGUGACGCGCGGAGCAAAAGGCUCGUGGAGAACAGCACGAAUGUCUCGAAUACGAGCUUGGACGGGUGGAUGCACGGGACUGAGGCGACGAAUGCAGCUGGCGUGAAGAUCACGGACAAGAGCUGUCUGAUCAUGGACGAGGUCGACGGCAUGUCGGCAGGCGAUCGCGGGGGUGUCGUUGCGCUCGUUGCGCUGAUACGAAAGACCAAGAUUCCUAUCAUCUGUAUUGCCAACGACAGGGGUGCGCAAAAACUUAAGCCGCUCAUCGCAAAUGCGUUCAACCUGCCAUUCAGGAGGCCCGAGGCGGCGGCGAUUCGGUCGAGGCUGCUCACAAUUGCAUUCAAGGAGAAGAUGAAAGUCCCAGCGAAUGUGAUUGACCAGCUCGUGAUGGGUGCGCAGUCCGAUAUCCGGCAGGUGCUUAACAUGCUGUCGACUUGGAAGCUUUCGAACAACGCUAUAGAUUUCGAUCAAGGAAAGGACCUAUCGAAGAUGAACGAGAAAUAUACGGUGCUGACGCCGUUCGAUGUCACGUACAAGAUGCUGGGCCCGUACAUGUUUAGCGCGACAGCGCGCGAGACGCUGGGAGAUAAGAUGGAGCUCUACUUUCACGACCCGUCAUUUGUGCCGCUGUUCAUGCAGGAAAACUACCUGAAGACGCAGCCAUCGCGGAUCAAGAACGACGCGGGACCCGAGAAGACGCUUAAACACCUUGAACUCAUGGACAAGGCGGCAUCGUCACUCUCCGACGGAGACCUGGUCGAUGCGCUGAUCCAUGGUCCAGAGCAGCACUGGUCACUGAUGCCGCUACACGCAGUAUGCUCUACAAUACGACCUGCAUCUUUCUUGUACGGCUCAGGUGGUGGGUAUGGAGGACAGAACCCAAUGAGCUUCCCUGCAUGGCUGGGACAGAACUCGAAGCAGAGCAAGCUGAACAGGGAGCUUAUGGACAUGCAGGCGCGGAUGCGGCUGAAAGUCUCGUCGGACAGGCACGAGCUCCGACAGUCAUACAUACCUGCACUGUUCCCGUAUGUCGUCAAGCCACUGAUGGACGAGGGUGUGAGUGCGGUGGGCACGGUGAUUACGCGGAUGGACGACUACUUCCUGAACAGAGAUGACUGGGACACGCUUGUCGAGCUCGGAUUGGAUGAAUACAAGGACGAGGUGGUGCUGAAGAAGAUCACGCCGGCGACGAAGACAGGGCUGACGCGGAAGUACAAUGCCGCAGAUCACCCGAUUGCGUUCCACAAGGCAACGGACCUGGGCAAAGUGCCAAAGAAGCUCGCGGCGCAAGGUCCUGCGCCAGAUCUGGAAGAGGCGCCAUGA